AGAGAGAGAGAGAGAGAGAGAGAGAGAGAGAGGUAACUCAAGUUGUUUGUGUUCAUUUGAUUCUCGCAACAACAUCAGUUUAUUUCUGUUUCAAUUUCAAUUUUCUGCAAUUUACUAAUCACAAUUUUCUUUAUUAAACAACCGCUCCCAUGGAUGUUAAAUUAUCUUCAACUUCUUCACCAUCACUUCCCAAGCAAUUUGAUUUCUGUGAUGAUUUAAGUGAACACGGGUAUGGAUCUUUGGAAGACCUUGACUGCCCCACCUCAAUUGGCUCACCGAUGGUUCAAGGUUGUGAUGGUUCAUCUUCAUCAUUGCCAAAAACAAUUACCACCACAACUCUUACCUCUUCCUCGUCAUCAUCUCCACCCUUGUCAUCUUCAAGUUCAAUUGAUUCGAUUGCCAGUUUGAACAGUUCUAACUCACCCAAGUCAACUGAACCUUCUCAACCCGAAUCAAUUUCCAAUGGUAAACAUUGCAACUCAUCCCAUGAAAACAAUAAAAAAACCGGUGAUCAAGAUAGUGAUAAAAAUUUGAUUAAUUCUCCUGUGGAUAAUUCGAUAAACACUAAUAGUUUAAAGGAAUCUAAUCAUGGUUAUCAAGAAAUUUCAUCUGGAGAAUUAAAGAAUGACGAAAAGAAUAAUGAUGGUAAAGUUCAUUCGCCUUCACCUCAAAUGGCUCAAUCUGGUAAUCGAUUCAGAUUUGUUCCCAAAAAUCGUCAAACAAAUGAUACAAAAUCCAAAGGAUCAGGAACAUGUCAAGCUAUUAAUCGCAAUGGUAAUUAUCGUGGACCAAGGAAACAUUCACGCAGUGAAAGCGAUUGUGUGAAUAGGGAACACGAGAAUAGAAAACGUUCCCAAAUGAGGAAUAAGAAUAACGAUAACAUCAUUUUCGUUAUAAAAAGAGUGGACCGUUCACUUCGUCGAACGGUUUCCGAAUCAUCAGGUGGUGAGACUUUACCGGUUCGAGGCAUCCUUAAAUAUCCUCGAGACUGGAAUCGUCGAACCUUAUCUGAAUCAAAUUGUGAUAAUUCUGAUCAAUCAAAUCUCAUGGACUCUCAUGAAAAUGGCCAAACUCAAUCUCUUGAAUGUAUCUCACCGUUGGAAGCUUCAUGCGAAGCAUCAACAGAGUCUGCUUGCUCAUCAGCUGGUGAAAGUCCUAUUCAUGAUGAAGAGAAGCCUAAAAAAAGUGUCCACUUUAAUUGUUUCGUUUCCAAAGCCACAUUUAAUAUUAACUCGAUUAUUUUAAAUAACAAUUCACACGCUGGAAGUCAUAAGAAAAAAAAUCGAAGGCAAAACAAUAAUCAGUCUUCAAACUAUCAUAACAACGACCACUCCAACACCUCAAUCACAACCACCACCACCACCAACAACAACAACAAAAUAUUAAUAAAAACAAGAAAAACCAUAAAAAUCACAAAGACGGUAAUCCCAACAAUCAGCAAAAUCAGACCUCUCGAUGUAAAUCACAACAACCUCAUCAACAAAAAAACCACUCCACUGAAUCAAGCAAUAAUCAAACACAAAUUGAUACCACCAAAUCAUCAAAUGAUCAACAAUCAACCAAUUUUGAUACAAAAACUGUCAUCACUUCUAAUGGUGACAAAGUGUCAAAAUGAAAACAUUGACCCAACGGAAGCCAAGAUGAGAUCUCGCCAAGAUUCCGGUUAUGAUAGUGAAACCAAUGAGAGGAAAGGAUUUCUUAAUGAAUCGGAAACAACUACUACUUGUGUUAAAUCACCAAAUCGUCAGUUUACAGUCAAAAAGGUUGAUCUCAAUUAGUGAUACACAUCAAACAAUCAAAUAUGAUCUUCGACUAAUCAUUUUUUUCCUUCUCCCUCUCUCCUCAUCAUUUCUAUAAUCAAAUAUAGAUUUUUCAUCUCUUUUUUCAAUUUCCUCUUCCUGUCUCUCACCCUGAAAGAUAAUUAAUGUUUAAUUCAAAAAAAAAUUAAGGGAUCAAUUUUGUCUCUAGAAAAUCACCUUACUAUCAUCAUGACAAGACCAUCAACUCUUAAUCAAAAUCGAUCAAUUAUUAGAAAAAUAAUUAAGGUAGCAAGAGCUAUCGUUGUCAAUGAUUUGCCUUAAUUGAAAAUUUGAUGCAACAAUUAACGCUCAAUUAUGAUUUUAGCAACUAAAGCCCUUCCAUUACUUGAUAAUUUUAGAGAUUUAAUUAUUGCCUUAACUAUAGCAAUGGAUCAACAAAUAAUAAUAAGGUAAAUGAUUUGAGAGUUAACUCUAAUCAUGAUGAUAAUAAGAUGAAUUUAAUUGCAAUUGUUUACAACUAAAUUACAAUUGCCCUUGUUAAAUUGUUUGAAACAAUUAGCAUGUAAUAGAUUUCCAGUAACAUCAACAACUUUAAUAUUAUUUACAUGAGCCCAACUACGACCCUAAUCGUCCUACUCUCAAUCGAUUAAUUAAUUAAUUAUGACCAGCAUUUCUCUUACCUCUCUAUCAUAGUUAAUUAAUUACUUAAUUACCUCUUGUCCUUCGUUAGGUUAAUCAUGGAAGAAGAAAACCAAACUAAAAAGAAGCAACAAAAAAAAUCAACUAUCGUUAGAGAAAAAGAAAAUGAUCACAUUGAAUAAUCAAAUCGAUGGUAAUUUAAAUUGUGAUUAGUUAAUUUGUUUUCUUCUCUUCCCUUUAAUCAUGUUAUUAUUGUCAAUUCUUUUUUUCUAUUCUGUUAUUCUCUCUCUCUUGUUAUUCCCAAUAAUCUAAUCAGCAAACCGAAUCUUAUUUAAUUUCUUCCUCAUUCGCAUGUUAAUUGUAAUUCUAAUUGUUCUUGUCUCUUCAAUCCACUGAAUCAAAUUUAAUUGCGAACACUUUUUUCUUUCUCUCCAAACAAAAAAGAGAUUCAAAAUCUUCUCAAAGGAAAUUUCUUCUUCCAUUCAUUAACAAUGAAUCACAAUUAAUCGUCAACAAUUUAAUACACUGUUUCUUGAUACUCUCUAAACUAUAAUAAUUGUUAAAUUGUAGCUUUGAUUUUUUUUUCGCCCGCUCGUUGAAUAUACAAUUUAAAAAACGAACCAAAAAACAAUAACAUUAUUGAUAAACACCAACACUAAUUGGGUCUUGUGUUAAUUGUAAAAUAGAUACAAACAAAAUUACUCUAAUAAAUUUUUCCAUGGAAAUUGUUAA